ACCAUCUGUCACCUGUAUUUUUGUCUAAAUUGAUGCAAUGUCCGGCGAGGGCGACGAAACGGCGCCGUCUGUUGUGCCUUUAGAUGGUCUUCAAGACGUCGAGGAUUAAGUUUGGGUAAAUUGGAAUUAUUUAAUUUGUUGAUUUAAGCAUUGCUUUGUUUUUCUUUUGAUUUUACCUUUUGAAUGUCUUUUUGUUGGAGUGAUUGGUUGCUGAGAAAAUGCAGGGAAAAAAAUUUAUAAAUUAAUAAGAAUCAACAAUUUUGAGUGAGAGCUGAGCAAACAAGAAUUCUUAGCUCACUAUUAUUAUUACCCAACAAUGAUUUGCACACGGUCUUAUUCAAUACAAGAUUGGGUAGAAGCUAAUCCCUGGAAUCGGGAGUCUGAUGAAGCUAGGAAGAGAAAUCCUGCACUUUUGUCCAACAAUUUGAGUUAUCAUCUCAUCAAACUUGCUCUCAAAGCAUCUCUAUCAGUUGUUGCCGUCGUUUCUUAUUCAGAUGAGAGAGAGAUACUUGAAGGUUCCGGAUUUGUCAUAGAAUCCCUCAACAUUGAUGGUAAAUUUUGUAAUACCAUUUUGACCACUGCCAGUAUCCUAAGACCUGAACCUCAUAUCAAUGCUGUUGCAAAUGGUAUCAAGAUUGUUGUGAUUCAGUCUCCUGGUAUAGCAUGCGAUGGUGAUAUAAUAGGAUAUGAUUUCAAUUAUAACAUUGCUGCUAUAAAGUUUCGAACAAAAAUGUCAAUUUCACCAGCAAGGCUGCGAAAUGUAGAUAGUUCUGUACGCAUUGAUCUAAACAUGAUGGAUGAGAAACCACCCGCAUACCAUCCUCAGACUUCCAAGUUUAAUUUAGCACCCGGGGAUACAGUAUUAGCACUUGGUCGCAAUCAUGAUAAAGAAUAUACUGCUAUGGUUGUUGGUGGAAAAUUCAGCAUUGAUGACGCCGAAUUGAAUUGCAAAGAGCUUCUGAGGGCAGAUUUUUUAAUUUCUAGAUAUGGCAUUGGGGGACCAAUCAUCAAUUGUUAUGGAGAAGUAAUUGGAAUAAAUUUCUAUUCUCAUUUUUGUACCCCUUUUCUACCCAUCAAUAUAGUUUCAAAGUGGUGGGAUGAACUUAAAAGAAACAGGCAAUAUCUUCUCCCUUGGCAUGGAAUGGAGUUGUCCAACCUUUAUAUGCAAAGUGAAUGUUAUUUGGAAUUUGUGAUACAAAGAUUUCCAAAUAUCUUUGAAGGUGUUGUUGUUGAUAAGGUUCCACCAAAGUCAACUGCUUAUAAUACCGGAAUAUUGCAAGCUGAUAUCAUUGUUGAAUGUGAUGGAAAAUGUUUUGAGACUGUUUUGGAGUUUUUAGAUUUGAUAUGGGACAAGGCCGGGAAACCUGUGAAUUUAUCUGUGCUACGACCAAGUGAUGGAUCUCGUUUGAAUGUAACUAUGUUUGUUGGUAAGGUUGGUCCAAAUAGAUAUUAUAGUUGGCCGGUGGCCCCUCUAGUUACGGGUAGACGAAGCAGGCUGAUAACGCAACGUGAUAAAGACAACGAGAUCAAGGCAAAGAGGGCUAGGUUGAUAUGGGAGAGUUAGAUGGUGGCAAAAAUUAUGUGCAUGCUCAAGCAAAUCAAAGCUCCAGUUUAUUUAGUGUAGCUAUCUAAUUUCUGUAAUUUAAUGGCUAAACCAAUCUGAAAUAUUUGUAUAGGUUUUUGUUUCACUUGCUAUUUAAUGGAUAUUUUGCAUUUGAAUAA